CGGGGGCAGCGGGCGGCGCGGGGCGCCGCGGCCGGCCGGGACCCUGCCCGCGGAGAGCCUGCGGGCCGGCGGCGUGAUGCAGGGGGUGGCGGCGGUGCCCUUCGCCUCGGCCAUGCCCUUCCGCAUCCUCAACAAGGGCCCCGAGUACUUCCGACGGCAAGUGGAGACCGGCGCCAGGAAGCCCAGCGCGGUGGAGAGGCUGGAGGCCGACAAGGCCAAGUACGUGAAGAGCCAGCAGGUCGCCAGCACCAAGCAGGAGCCGGUGAAGCCGCUGCUGCUCAAGCAGCCCCUGUUCGCGCCGGGCACACGCCGCGCCAUGCUCACCCCCGGCCGCAGGGCGCCGCCGGGGCCCCGUCGCGUGGAGCCCGCUGGGCCCACGACCUCCCUUAACCUGGAGAUCCUCAACAACCUCAUCAACGUCUGUGACAGCCCCUUUCCCAAGGCGGAAAGCCCGUUGGGCCGGGAGGCGGGCACGGAGGUGGGUGGGCGCACCGCCGCCCCGCGGCCCCUGGGCACCGCCGAGCCCGCGAGCAAGCCGUCGGGGGGCUCCGCCGGCUGCAAGCCCUCCGGCGCGGUGGCUGUGCGCCGGGUGGACGUGCGGCCCUGCGGGGCCCUGCGGGCCGCAGCGGCCCCCGUGGCGGCAGCACCAACUCCAGCGCCCGCCCCCGGCAGCUCGCUGAGCACGCCGAGCCGCAGCCCCCGCGGCGGGCGCCCCGACAGCGCCCGCCGCCAGACCCUGCUGCACCGCUCCAAGUCGGACCUGAGCGACCGCUACUCGCGGGCCACCGCCGACCUGGAGCGCUUCUUCAACUACUGCGGCCUCGACCCCGAGGAGGUGCAGGACAUGGGCGCGGAGCGCUUCGCCCGCGCCGCCUCCGACAUCGUCUCCGUCAAGUUCCCCAGCGUGAGCACGGCGAGCUCGGAGGGCGGCCGCUCGCAGCGCAGCGCCGGCACCCUCGAGGAGCGGCCCGCCGAGCGCAUGCCCUACAGCAUCUCCGUCGUCGAGCGCAACGCCCGCGUCAUCAAGUGGCUCUACGGACUGCGGCAAGCCCGCGCGCCCCAGAAGGUCUCCGACGUAUAGUGCCGGGGGUCUGAGCGGGCGGCCGCGGGGCGGGGAGGAAGCGGCGAUGCCCGAGCUCCCGCGUGGUGCAGGCGGUUCCCCCAGCGCGUCUGGACUGUUGUAGGACCCUCGAAUUUAGCCCCUGCCCCCGUGUUUGCAGAGCUCAGACCCGCCGCAACAGCGGGGAUCUCGGCCGGCGGCGCUCGGGCGCUCCGCGGUGCCACGGGGGAGCUCUGCUUCCCGGCGGAGCCGCCUCUCCAGGGACCCUGAAGCCGGUAGCGGGGAGCGGGGUCCCGCGAGGGGGAGCGGGGCUGCGGAGGAGGAGGGGGCGCACGCAGCCCUCGCCGCCGCCUCCUCCCGGCCGGGCCGUGCUGCCGAACGCCCGGGCGCUCCGCCGCGGCGGGCUCCCCUUGGCGCGAGCCCGGCCUGCACACGCCUCUGCCUCUGUUUCUGUCUCCCUUUUUGCACGCUGCAAGCAGAAAUCCCCCAGGAGCUGGCCGCGCUCUGUCCUGUUAUUUAUGAAGAUGCUCGCGUCGGCCUCUGCCUUGUUUCUACUGGUUUUGCUGAAGUUUGAGCUGUAAAAACAAGCAGAAAAGAA